AUGGAACCCCUCAUUGCCGUUGUUGGUGCUACAGGCACUGGCAAAUCUCAGCUUGCAGUGGAUCUAGCCUCGCGCUUCAAUGGUGAAAUUAUCAAUGGCGAUGCGAUGCAGCUGUAUCGCGGCCUCCCCAUCAUCACGAAUCAAAUACCGAUCGAGGAACGAAACGGCAUUCCACAUCAUCUAAUCAGCUGCAUAGAGCUGGAAGAGGAGCCAUGGCGCAUUGGGUACUUUAAGAGAGAAUGCUUACGGCUUAUCAAGGAUAUUCACGCUCGGGGAAAGCUCCCCAUCUUGGUCGGAGGAACACACUACUACACCCAAACGGUUCUCUUCAAGGAUCAGCUUGUCGAAGAAAGCUUAGUCUUAGGGGAUAAUGAAGCUACGCACUUCAGCGGCGAGUUUGAACCUACGUCUACAAGGUGGCCUAUCCUUGAUGCACCGCCAGAUGUGCUCUUUCAGAAGUUAAAAGAAGUCGAUCCUGUCAUGGCUAGUCGGUGGCAUCCGAACGACUCGCGCAAAAUCCGUCGCUCCCUGGAAAUCUUCUUUCAGACAGGUAAACCUGCCUCGGAGAUCUAUGCAGAGCAAAAACGACAGAAGGACGUUACAUCGACAGAUGGUGACAUGGUCUCUGGUAUGGGACAGCUGCGGUACCCAACCAUGAUAUUCUGGGUGCAUUCGGAGAAAGAAACAUUAAAUGGCCGACUCGCCAAACGUGUGGAUAACAUGGUGCAGCAAGGCCUGAUGUCAGAGGCCAAAAAGAUGUGGACAUAUCUUCAGGACAAGAAAGAGCAAGGUAUCAUCGUUGAUCAAACACGAGGUGUCUGGGUUUCGAUUGGGUUCAAGGAACUGGCACCUUACUUCGAAUCAUUGAACGAGGGUGCUCUGAGCGAGGCAGAAACAGAAACUCUCAAGCAGUCUUGUAUCGAAUUGGUCAAGAUCGCAACGCGUCAAUAUGCAAGCUCGCAGAUCAAGUGGAUUCGAAACAAAUUGUGGAGGGCCCUUGCAGAAGCCGGCAUGACAGACCGUCUCUAUCUUCUCGACAGCACAAAUGUUGAAGACUGGCAGAAAUGUGUUACCGAACCAUCCGAGCGCCUUGUUCACGCCUUGCUCAACAACCAACCUUUGCCGAAUCCGAAGUCUAUCUCCGAUCUGGCCCGAGAAACACUAGGAGCACGCGAGGCCCAAUCUCAGACUCAGAACAGCAGCGCGGUUCAGACUUUCACAUGCGAUGUUUGCAACCGGACCAUGGCAACUGAGGAUCAAUGGAACAUCCAUCUAAAUGGACAUGCCCACAAGAGAGCCGUCAAAGGGGCAGCGAGAAAAGCAGAGCGCGACGAAUACCUACGCAAGCGGCAGACUCCUGCAGAUUACCGGAAUCAGGACUGUUCAAGUUCAAUUGAGCAGCAUAGGAAUCCAGCCUAG